UCUGCGGGGCAUGAUUAGAUUAACCAUCCAAACAACGUCAGUACCACGAAUCGUUCCUCACGUUCUUGUGCUUUACUUUGAUGUAGAAAACAGAAUUGGGGGGUGCCUUAAGCAAUGUUCUCUUUCUGAACUUCGCUUACAUCUAUCUUGUUCUGCGUCAUAAACUCAACUGUCCUCUUCGCAAUUUCCCGUUCUUUCUGUCGCCCCUCCUGCAGCUGCGAUUGUCCUUGCUGCAGGCUUUCUUUGUGGCUGGCUUCUCUGCCGGCCUGGGACCGGUGCCAUGGAUCCUUGCGGCUGAACUGACUCCGUUGCGUGGCUCAGGCAUGGAGCUGGGCAGCGUGUGCGCCACCAACUGGGCUGCCUUCUUCGUGUCAGCCAACUUCUUCUCCACAUCAGACACAAUGCAGCGGUUGGCCAUCACGCUGUGGGUUUACAGUGCUCUGACUGUCGCCAGCGGUCUCAUUUUCUUAGCCCUGUUGCCGGAGACUGCGCAGGCGUCCAUCGAGGACGUACUGCUUAUAGGACAAGAAGUGAAGCACCACCACAAGGACACAAGGCCACAUUCGGAUACCACAGCACCGCCUUCAGAAGCACAUGAACAGGCUGCUGCCUCGAAGCGAGACGUCGCACCUACUGCUAAUGCGUUACAGCCGCCGGCCGACGCCGUUGCAGCACCAUCGGGGCAUCCGAGCAAAGCAGCUUCCACCGAGAGACAGCGGGCGCGCCAUUCGGUGGCAACCGGUACUCCAUCUGUCGCGUCCCGGCGUUCCACGGCGUCCAAGGCGAGCGCCGCCUCCAGGCGCGCUCCAAGCGCCGCUUCCCUGAAACAACAACAGUGAAGCGCUCGGCUACUGUGGCACCGACGCUCCAAAGAACGAAGCGACGAGGCCGGAGCGAUUUAUACGAAAGUGCUGGCUGCUCCCACA